GAUUUUCUUAGUGAUUAGUACAGUUUUGUAAUUGAUUACGAAAUGUGAUAAAUAUUGCAAAAUACAGAAAUCAUGCAAAAAUCAUUUUUAUUAAAUUUAAGUAAAAACCAAAUUAAAUGCUCAAGAUACAAAUCGAAUCUCGAAUCAUUAAAAGAUCGUAUUAGAAACGGUCCAGCGUUACAAGAAUUCAUUCAAACAGAACCAGUUUCGCAAGAUUGGUCGCAAUAUGAAGGCAAAUUAAAACGAGAAAAAGGAGAAGAUGGAAGAUUAAGGUUACCACCUUGGUUGAAAAGAACGAUCCCGACUGGGAAGAAUUUUAGUAGAAUCAAGGAACAAUUGAGAGAUUUAAAUCUACAUACUGUAUGUGAAGAAGCGAGAUGUCCAAAUAUAGGUGAAUGUUGGGGAGGCGGCGAACACGGUACAGCUACAGCUACUAUAAUGUUACUCGGUGAUACUUGUACGAGAGGCUGUAGAUUUUGUUCUGUUAAAACAUCGAGAGCUCCUCCUAUGCCGGAUGUAAACGAGCCUGAUAAUACCGCUAAAGCUAUUGUAUCUUGGGGGUUGGAUUAUGUUGUUUUAACUUCUGUCGAUAGAGAUGAUUUACCGGAUGGGGGUUCGAAUCAUUUUGCAAAUACUGUCAAAAAAAUAAAAGAAAGGAAUAGUGAUAUUUUAGUGGAAUGUCUCGUGCCGGAUUUUAGAGGAGAUUUAGAACAAGUGAAAAUAAUCGCUGAAAGUGGUUUGGAUGUUUAUGCUCAUAAUGUGGAAACUGUUGAGGCAUUAACUCCUCAUGUAAGGGAUAGGAGAGCUAAAUAUAGGCAAUCUUUAUCGACUUUAAAAGCAGCUAAAGACUUCAAUAGCAAUCUAAUAACGAAAUCGUCUAUAAUGUUGGGUUUGGGUGAAACCGACUACGAAGUAGAACAAACUUUGAAAGAUUUACGAGAACAUGGAGUAGAUUGCGUGACUUUGGGUCAAUAUAUGCAACCUACUAAACGACAUUUGAAAGUUGUGGAAUACGUUACCCCCGCUAAAUUUGGACAAUGGGAAAAAGUUGGUAAGGAAAUGGGUUUUCUUUACGUGGCUAGCGGACCGUUGGUUAGGAGUUCAUAUAAAGCCGGGGAGUUUUUUAUAGCUGGAAUUUUGAAAAAUAGAAAAUCUACUACGAUAUGAUGAAUAAAUGAUUUAUUUAAGGAUGUAAAAAAGGAUUUUAUUAUUUGUUAUUAAAAUGAUGAAUUUGUUUUUUUUUAUUCUAAUCCUUGUUCCUAAUGAGUAGUGUAUAGAUAAAAAGUUACAUACACUGGCCUACUAAAUUUAGAUUUUUUAGUAUUGAAAAAAUUGUUAGGAAUUGAUGAAAAAAUGUGGAAUUUAAUAUUUUAAUUUCGAUUUGAGUAUUGAUAUAACCUCUUUUAAAGAAAACCAUGGGGUGGGGUUUCAAAUUAAAGUCCUAUUACCAUAGGGGUGGUUUUUCAAAUCCAUACAAUUAAUAGCAAAUUGUAGUUGUAGUUUUGGUCAAAAAAUAUAGUUUAUAAAUUCAUUUUUGGUUAAAUGGCUCAUACGAUUUUACUUUUCUUAAAAACUGGUUUACUUCAAGUCAAAAAACUACUUUUUAGCAUUAUUUUGUUGAAAUCAACUUUUUCAUUGUUUGGAUUUUUAGAUAUUAAUCUAGUUAAAAAAAUGAAUUUUUCAAGUACAACUCUGUCAAAAAAACAAAUUGUGUUGAAAAUAUCUUUUAAUAUGUUACCCAGUCCUGACCUGUUCUAUGAUUUAUUGAUUAAUUAAUUUUUUUGGAAACUAGGGAUUGUUGUAUAAAUAUAACUAUUCUGAAGUUAAUUGGUUUUUAAAAGUUAGUUUUGUUCGAAUUGAUUUGAUUUCAUCAAAAAUUACUUAUCUGAUAAACUUAUUUUGUAAGAUUAAUUCAGUUAAAAAAUAUCAAUGAAUUAGACAAAAAUUCGAUGUUUAAUUUUAUUUACCAGAAAAAAGGCUUUCUGAACUUAAUUUGAAUGGAUUUUUUAAAUAUAAUUGUUGUAAAAAAAUAUUUGUGAAAUUGAUUGUACCUACCGUAAAUCACUUUGGGUUAGGUUAAAUAGUCCUGACCUGUUUCUACAUUGUAUAAAUCGAGAAUUGUCAUUAUUAGAAACUUUUUUAAAGGUAAUUUCGUCCAAAU